UCAAAACCCCACCAAGCGUGCACAUGUUGAGUACAGGUGUCAAGCUAAUAAUUUCCUUGCUGAUCCUGGUUUUGAUCUUUCUGUUUGGACUGAGUGCACUGUUCUGGGAGAACAGGAUCAAACCACACAUUUGGCCCAAAAUUCCAAACCCUAAAUCUGCCCUAGAACAGCUCUACAUGAAACCAAACAAGGUGACUGAGGUGAGCUUUAACCCAUACAGCUUCCUGGAUGUGAUGGUGAGCAGAGUGGAUACGAUUCAGGUUAAAGGAGCUCGGAUGUGCCACCUUAACCUGACCCCAGUCAGUGACGCUGCUGAGUGUGAUGGCAUCAUCACCGAGAGGGAGCUGCUGUUAAUGGUCAAUCCCAUUGUGGAGAUGUGGGAAUGCAGCAUCAGGAGCAGUGCCCCGCACACUGGAGAGGAAACCCCUGAGCCCCAGGAUGGGCAACUGAUGGAUGUUGAGCCUGGGGGAGGGGACCCUAUGUCUGACUGGGCCUCUGGCCCUCCACCCUGCCUCUCACCAGGAGUUCAACCCCAUGGCAGUGCAGGAACAUCCCACAACUCACUGGUUCCGCUGACCGGGGGCACUCCAGAUGAGGAAGCAGCUUGUGUGGAACAAAGCGGUCAGGGUAUAGAGGGAACGAGGGUUAGAGGCAUGAAUCUUGGUUCAACCAUCCCUAGCAACCCUGUUGUCCCUCCUGAUGAAUCAUACAUCACCAUGUCAAACUUAUAUAAGAUACAGUAGGAUGGAGAGGCCAGACCUGAGACACACACUGUCCAGACCCAGACCCAGACACGAGACACACACUGUCCAGACCCAGACCCAGACCCAAACCCAGACGCGAGACACACACUGUCCAGAC